CAGGAGCAUGCAGUUAUCAGUUUAGCGGUGAGGUGUAAGUACCGAUCCGGGACUGCAGGCUGUAUUAAGAAAAGCGGGACUGUUGGGCAGUAUACACUUGCUUGGAUUAGCAGGGCCUCCUAGCUGCUGUCUGUGAGCUAUAAACUCUGGCAAGAGCAGCACAGGUGGACCCGCUUAAGUCUGAAAAACCUACCGUGGGCUGCACGACUCCAACCUCUCCUCCAUGGCGGCCCUGAUACAGGAUGAUAUAUACAAGACACUACCUCCAGAUGAGGCUCGACAACUGGGGCUCGAGCUUCAGGAACCCAAGAAAGCAGAAUCUUUUGUAAAUGCAUUUUUGCAUCACAGUAUGCCAAAAAUGAAAAAUAAAUCGCGUCAAGAAUUCCUGGAUCGGAAAGCAGUAGUUUUGGAGUACAGUUGUAAAAGGAAAGAAAGAAAACUGAACAAAGCUAAAGUUUUAACUGCAAAAGAAAGAAGAGAUAUGAGAAUAUUUCAAAUUAAGCCAGAACAGCAGAGGUAUGAGUUGUUUCUACCUUUACAUGAACUGUGGACACAGUACAUCCGGGACUUGUGUAAUGGACUCAGGCCAGAUGCACAGCCUCAAAUGAUCCAGAAUAAAUUACUCAAGGCUGACCUGCAUGGAGCAUUACUAACAGUUGCAAAAUCAAAAUGUCCCUCCUAUGUAGGCCUUCAGGGAAUAAUUCUUCAGGAAACCAAGCAUGUAUUCAAGUUUAUUACAAAAGAUGACAAGCUAAAAAUUGUUCCCAAGUUAAACUGCGUCUUUAGUGUGGAAAUUGACGGAUUUAUCUCUUACAUCUAUGGAAGCAAAUUUCAGAUGAGAGCCAGUGAACGCUCAGCCAAGAAGUUUAAAGGCAAAGGAAGCAUAGACUUGUAACCACAUUGUAAAGCAGAGAGAGUGCUCUGACACUUUAGUGACUCUUUUUAUGGAGAUAUGUGGCAAGCAUGAAGAAAAAGCACUAAGUCCUGUGCAGGGUAAUAUCCUAUAUUUUUGCUUUUGGAGGAGUUUCAAGGGCUGCUGGAACUGAGUGAUGAUGAAGCUCUCUUACAACUAAUAACUCCCAUGAAAGUAAAAUAUUUUUAUUUCCUUAAGAUGACACAUAAUAUCCUGUACCAUUAAACUGCCCCCAUACUUUAUGGUGCCCUAAAAUGUUAGGAAUAUAAGAAUUUUCAGUGGUAUAAUAAGAUUGCAAAGUGAAAAUUUAAAGGGAUGAAACAAAGAAGCAUCAUCCGGACGUACCUAAUGCUGCAAUUAAUGGCUGGUUGUUGUUCUUGUAUAAAUAUUACUUCCAGAUCCAGAUGGUGUACUAUGACGUCAGCUCUAAGUAAUCCUAUAAUUGACUGUAAAGCAGUAUAGUCCCUUUGAUACUUUGGGUGUCAAAAUGGCAUUGCAUUUGCAAAUAGAAUCAAUUUUUUUUUUUUUUUAAGCUGAAUUUUUUUUCCCCCCUACAUUAAAGUUUUCUGUAAUGGUUGGUUAAAAGCACAAAUCCAGAGGAUAAUGAUGAAGUGGCACUGCUGUAAAGAGGCUACAUUGUAUCUUAUGUGGAAACUGUAUAUUUCUCAACCUGGAAAAUAUUACAUUUUUUUUUCUUGUGUGAUCACCUGUUGAAAAGUAAAGUAUUUAAACAUUU